GAUACCAAGCCGUCCUCUUUACCUAACCUAACCCAUUGAAUUGAAAGUUGCAACACCUUCUUUCAGUUUUAGUUUCAUGCUCAUCUAAUAAUAAAUUAUAAAUGUCACCCCCAUCCUCCUCCCCUUCUUCUUAUAAAUUCAAGCCAACCACGCAUUAAAAACAAACAUUCCUUCCUUCCUUCCAUUCCAUUACAGUUGUUACUUUGUAGUAAUCUCAUUUUCCAAAAUGGAUCUCCUCCUCCUCCUAGAAAACUCCCUUUUGGCUCUUUUCGUUGCCAUCAUUGCCGCCAUCACCGUCUCCAAACUCCGUGGAAAACACUUCAGCCUCCCUCCAGGGCCCCUACCCGUACCCAUAUUCGGCAACUGGCUCCAAGUGGGCGAUGACUUGAACCACCGCAAUCUCACCCAACUUGCCAAGAAAUUCGGCAACAUAUUGCUUCUCCGCAUGGGGCAGCGCAAUCUGAUCGUGGUGUCCUCACCGGAGCUGGCGAAAGAAGUGCUCCACACUCAGGGAGUGGAGUUCGGGUCCAGGACCCGGAACGUGGUGUUCGACAUAUUCACUGGCAAAGGACAGGACAUGGUGUUCACAGUGUACGGCGAGCACUGGAGGAAGAUGCGGAGAAUCAUGACGGUCCCCUUCUUCACGAAUAAAGUGGUCCAGCAGUAUCGGUACGGAUGGGAGGAGGAGGCGGGACGUGUUGUGGAGGACGUGAAGAAGAUGGCAGAGGCGGCGAGGACAGGAAUUGUGUUGAGAAAGCGGUUGCAGCUGAUGAUGUACAAUAACAUGUUCAGGAUCAUGUUCGAUACUCGGUUCGAGAGCGAGGAUGAUCCUGUGUUUGUGAAGCUAAAAGCCCUCAACGGAGAGAGGAGUCGGUUGGCACAGAGCUUUGAGUACAACUAUGGCGAUUUUAUCCCCAUCUUGAGACCCUUCUUGAGAGGAUACCUUAAGAUCUGCAAGGAAGUCAAGGAAAGGAGGAUGCAGCUCUUCAAAGACUAUUUUGUUCAAGAGAGGAAGAAAGUGGGAAGCAGCAAGAGCAUAAGCAACCAGGGCUUGAAAUGCGCCAUAGAUCACAUACUAGACGCACAGCAGAAGGGGGAGAUCAACGAAGAUAACGUUCUUUACAUUGUUGAGAAUAUCAAUGUUGCAGCGAUUGAGACAACACUAUGGUCGAUUGAGUGGGGAAUUGCGGAGCUAGUGAACCAUCCUGAAAUCCAGAAGAAGUUGCGAGAUGAGCUAGACAAAGUACUUGGGCUUGGUGUCCAGGUAACUGAGCCUGACACCCAUAGACUCCCCUACCUUCAGGCAGUGAUCAAGGAGACUCUAAGGCUGCGAAUGGCAAUUCCCCUGCUUGUCCCACACAUGAACCUCAACGACGCCAACCUCGGUGGCUACGACAUUCCUGCAGAGAGCAAAAUCCUUGUGAAUGCUUGGUGGCUAGCAAACAAUCCUGAGAGUUGGAAACACCCCCAAGAGUUCAGGCCAGAGAGGUUCUUGGAAGAGGAGUCAAAGGUGGAGGCCAAUGGCAAUGACUUCAGAUACCUCCCAUUCGGCGUUGGACGGAGGAGCUGCCCUGGAAUUAUUCUGGCGUUGCCAAUUCUGGGAAUUACGAUUGGGCGUUUGGUGCAGAAUUUCGAGCUGUUGCCUCCUCCAGGGCAGUCCAAGAUCGACACCACUGAGAAAGGGGGCCAGUUCAGUUUGCACAUAUUGAAGCACUCUACCAUUGUGGCAAAGCCAAGGGCAUUUUAGCUUCAUUUUUUAUGUUGGGAGUUAUGAAAUGUUGUUGCUGAACAAGUCAAAAUGAUUUUGGUUGAUUACGAUGGAUGGAAAUGGGUUGCCAUGAAAUUGAAAUGAAUCAUUCUCAUUCUCAAUCUUCAUAAUAUAAAACAAACAAUUGGAUUCAGAAGUGGUUUGCGGUUGAAGUCGAAGUGCGGCAAAGUCUUCAUAAUAUAUGUGUUUUGUUUUAUUCAAAGCUCUCGGCCGGCCGGCAAUGGCAGAGCAUAUAAUAUUAUAAUGUCUUGUUGUAUAUGAAGCUUAAAAGUUGGCAUCCAUUUUUUUUUUUAAAUGUAAUUAAAUAUCACUCUGAUAGUCUGAUUAUCUAUCUAGAUAUUUAUCAAAA